AUGCGAUUAGUACAGGAUCGUUGGAAAUUAGUUACUUACUACGACAUGCAACCAUAUUGGUACGGAAAAAGGAUAUUUAAUACAUAUUUAGGUCAUCUUCAAACAUUAUGCACUAAAUCGGAAACCGAAAACACGCAUUACGAAAUAAUAUUGCAACAGCUGAUACACGGGCUCACUGAACUGGAGCAUUAUGACCGCAUGUUACUCAGUGACGUAGAAACUACGACUGAUGGUACGGGUGUGAUCGAAAUAGCUGGUGGUCGGAACAUCCUUGUGGAGCUGAAGUCGGCGGACACUAGUGAACGCUGCACUGGCGGCUUCUUGGCCCACGCCUACCAAAUUGAGCCGAUCAGCAACGCGUCGGGCCGCGUGGGCAUCAGUGGGUGGCGGGGGGCGGAGCGUAGUGGCGCGGCGUCGGGGGAGCGCGGGCUGCGGUCGGCGUGCUGGCAGCGCUUGCAGCGCUCGCCGCGCUGGGCCUCGCGCUGCAUUCAGCACACCGCACCAGGGCGUACCAACGUGUCGCCGACAAAGAGUCGCUUACUGACAGUGAUGGCAACGUCACCACCUCAACCAUCAGCAAGUAAGGCGGAGACAAUUGAGAUGAGCACUAGCAACACUAGCGAGGUUAUCCCAAAGGAGCUACGUCCAGAUCCAGGCAGCAAUACCGAGUCACCUGAAGACCGACCACCGUCUAGCACUUUGCGAAGAAAUGCAGACAAUCGCACAAACAGAUCUAAUGAGUCCAUUAAAUCUGUGAGGAAGAUCAUGGACAGAGAGCUGGAGCCAUCUCUAUCCGUCACUGAGCAAAACCUGGCAGACCGAGUUCGGUACAUCAACAACAUAUUUGGUGACGCCGAACUCGAACCACUACGACGUGAAGCUAUUCCUUCAUCGAAUGGAAAUGCUACUGCUGGGAAUGCGGCGCCACUAGAUGCGCAACAAACUGCAUAUGUGGAUGCUGCCGUCAAAAUUCCAUUUGUGGCUAAUUGA